CCUCCAGUGGCUUUCUUCAGUGGAUCAUCAUAAGCUCGCUAACUUCAAUAGUUCCAGUGGCUUUCCUUGGAGGACGGAACUCACUUUUUCCUAUUUCCUCGAAGUCUCGCGUCAUCUGUGGGACUUCUUCAGUGGGAAAGAUUUCAUACCAGACGACUGAGUUUGUCUGGUGUUGUGGAAGCUGAAGUCUGUGUGUAUGUGUGUGUGUCUGUGUGAAUGUCAGCCGAAGUAGUGACGGUUGAAGCUAAACGUUUAGAUCCUCUUCCUGUCUACAUCACCAAGACAGUUCUUCCUGUACAAACAUCUAUAUUAAGAGAGACUUGAAGACGACCAACAGCUUCACCAAGACAUACACCAAGAGAAAUAGAAGAAAAGACAAAGAAGACAGUCAUCCACAAGCCUACGACUCUCCACCAAGACAAAUAUCCUCCUUGAAGAAAUUAGGAAGAAAGGCCUUGAGGAAACUUGAGAUAAGGUGAAGUGGAUGUUGAUCUAAGUAUAUUGCUAAACCUGACCGUCCAGAAAUCCAACUUCCUGAUACUUCCACAAGAAAUAAAGAGAAGAAAAGAAGAAGAAAAAGACAGGGAAAGCGAAGUAACACCCAGAUAUCCAACUCCCUUAUACUCCUUCAAGAAAUAAGAAGAAAAAAAGAAAAGAAACGACACAGUAAAUGAAAUUAAUGUGGAUCGAAGCGCAUUCUUAACCUCACCAUCCAGGAAUCCAACUCCAUAAUACCCCUUCAAGAAACAAGAAGAAAAGAAUAAGAAAAACAGACACAGAAGCCGAAGUUGAUGAGGAUCGAAGUAGAUUCCUGACAAUCCAAACAUCGAACUCCCAGCCACUCCUUGAAGAAAUAAUAAGAAGAAAAAAGACAUAGAAGCCGAAUUUCAUGUGGGUCGAAGUAGAUUCCUGACCAACCAGACAUCGAACUCCAUCUCCUCCUUCCUCGCCAGUAUGCUAAACGCCGUGACUUCUUCGCCGCCAGAGGGCAGUGAGAGUCCCAGCCAGCCGCCCCCUGCCGACCACCUCAUGACCCUGGCGAGACAACACUACCCGAAGAGAUGGUCCACGCAGUCCAACGGAGGCAGCGAGGAAGAGGACCAGUACCAUCUGCGUUGGGAGAGCCACAAGACCCAGCUGGCCGCCAUGGUAGCUCAGAUGGAGCACGAUGAAGCCACCUCCGAUAUGACCGUGGCUACCAAGGGCGCCUCCAUCCCCUCACACCGCCUGGUCCUCGCCGCCGCCAGCCCCUUCUUCAGCCAAGUCCUGAGGGAGCUGCCCGCCACCCACCACCCCGUCAUCGUGGUCAAGACGGCUCACCCCCGACACCUCCGCCAGCUGGUCUCCUUCUGCUACAGCGGCAAAGUCACUCUGCCUAUCCACGACGUCAACGAGGUUCUCCAGCUCGCAGAAGAACUCGACAUCAGCGGCCUCAAGCUCAUCAUUCCAGAGAGCUAUUCCACCGCUCCCUUCGCCGACUCCAUCGCUGCCCUCCGCUCCGGUCUCCCCCUCCCUUCCUCCCCAACCCGAUUCCCCUUCACAGCCCCCCUCCACCCCCAUCUCUCCACCUCCCCCUCGUCUUCCUCCUCCUCCCCUUCCGCCUCCUCUAACCCUCCCUCCUCGGCCCGCCUUGACGAGCCUUCGGGGAUCAAAAGGACUUCAUCACCUACGUAUUAUAAAGAAGGCCAGAUCAAGAAGUUCAAAUCCGAGCCCGUACACCUCGAGAAUGACGUACGCCCCCACUCCAACCCCUCGCCCUACACCAGGCCCCCCAGCUCGGCGCCCCCCUCCCUGCCCAACUUCGCCUCAAACCUCUUCUUCGGGAGCGACCCCAAGAGGCCUAGGAGCUCAGACCCGCCCCAGCUUCCCUGUGACUCUAUUCUUCAUCCCCAGGCAGAGAUGGAUAAGGAUACCGUAGGACUGAGCGUGGUGCCUCCCUCACGCCUCCUGCAGUCCCCUUCGCCCGGUCAGUCUUCACCCCAACCGGAGCGUGCCUCUACCAGCCGCACGCCUCCUUCAAGCAUUCCCCUGCCCCCCACCAGCAUGGCCCUUGCCCUCCUGGAGCCGACCACUCCCUCCACCCCCACCACACCCAACACGCCAAGAACCACAUCAGAGGCCGGGGGCAGCGGUUCUGUGAGCGGGAACACAGGCUCUCGCGUUCUGCUCUGGCGGUUCCUGCUCGACCUGCUGCACGACAAUCGCUACACGCCCAUGUACAUCCGCUGGUUGGACAGACCUAACGGCAUCUUCAGGAUCAUGGAGUCGGACAUGGUGGCCCAGCUGUGGGGGAGGGCACGCAAGAACAGCAACAUGAACUACGAGAAGAUGUCCCGAGGCAUGAGGACGUACUACAAGCGCGGGAUCCUCCUCCACAUUGAUGGCACGAAGCUCAUCUACAAGUUCAACACGAGUGACGCGGAGAUCAAGCAGAGGAUGCAGUACUAUGACCUCACGCAGGGGAGUGGCAACGGAGAGGAAGCCAGAGAACAGAGCCACGCGUCUCCCAGUUUCCUGCACUCCUACAAUGGGGCCAGUGGAUCCAACGUCCCCCCUGUCACCUCCGCCUCCUCAAACGCCCUCGAUCACCUCUACAACCCACUCCUGCAACACAAACUCCUAUGCGAUACCUACUUCUCCCUCCUGCGAACCUCCCGCCCUGAGCUGUACUAAGAGGGACCUCAAUCUGCUCUCGGUUGCCUCCCUCUCUCGAUAAGAAAUCUUCCUAUUCUUAUGAUCCUUCUCUUGCAAUGAUUUCUUCCACGAUUCCUUCUUCGCUCUCUCUCUCUCUCUCUCUCUCUCUCUCUCUCUCUCUCUCUCUCUCUCUCUCUCUCUCUCUCUCU